GCACACAGCACCGACUGAGAGGUUUAGAGAGCGCCAAAACCAUACUACCACUUCUGCCACAGAAGCUAAGUCAAUACAGACUUCCGAGCCUGAAGAUGCCGCUUUCAACCAGCUCCACAUCCUCCACAAAGAGCGUCCGCAGAGCAGCGUCCGAGCUGGAGAGAUCUGAUUCCAUCACGUCUCCAAGAUUCGUCGGUAGACGGCAGAGCUUGAUCGAGGACGCGCGCAAGGAGAGGGAAGCAGCCGCUGCAGCGGCAGAGGCUGCAGAGGCCAGUGAACAGAUAGUGUUUGAGGAGGACGAUGGAAAAGCACUCCUCAACAUUUUCUUUACUUUAAGAAACUCCAAGACACCUGCGCUGUCGCGGACACUCAAGGUUUUCGAGACAUUUGAAGCUAAGAUUCACCAUCUGGAGACGCGACCAUGCCGGAAGGUCAAAGACACCCUUGAGGGCCUGGAGUACUUUGUCCGCUGUGAGGUGCACCUCUCAGAUGUCAGUACCCUGAUCAGCUCCAUAAAGAGGAACGCAGAGGAUGUCAAAACCACCAAAGAAGUCAAAUUCCACUGGUUCCCAAAGAAAAUUGCAGAUUUGGAUAGGUGUCAUCAUCUGGUCACCAAAUUUGAUCCAGACUUAGACCAUGACCAUCCAGGCUACACAGAUCCUGCCUACAGACAGAGGAGGAGAAUGAUUGGUGACAUUGCCUUCAGAUAUAGAUAUGGGCACUCGAUCCCCAGAGUGGAAUACACAGAGGAGGAGAUUGGCACAUGGCGAGAAGUAUAUUCAACCCUGAGGGACUUGUACACCACCCAUGCCUGCAGUGAAUACCUUGAGGCUUUUUGUCUCCUAGAAAGGCAUUGUGGGUACAGCCCAGACAACAUUCCCCAGCUGGAAGAUGUGUCACGCUUCCUCAAAGAGCGCACAGGAUUUGCGCUGCGUCCAGUGGCGGGCCUGCUCUCAGCCAGAGAUUUUCUGGCCAGUUUGGCAUUCCGAGUGUUCCAGUGCACCCAGUACAUCCGACAUGCUUCCUCCCCCAUGCACUCCCCAGAACCUGACUGCGUCCAUGAAUUACUGGGCCACGUACCCAUGCUGGCUGAUCGCACUUUUGCCCAGUUUUCACAGAACCUUGGUUUGGCUUCACUGGGGGCAUCGGAUGAAGAUAUUGAGAAACUGUCCACACUGUACUGGUUCACGGUCGAGUAUGGCUUAUGUAAACAAAAUGGUGAGGUGAGGGCUUAUGGAGCUGGGCUGCUUUCCUCUUAUGGUGAACUUGUGCACUCUCUGUCUGAUGAACCAGAGACAAGAGAGUUUGAUCCAGAGGCUGCAGCAGUGCAGCCCUAUCAAGACCAGACAUACCAGCCUGUUUACUUUAUUUCUGAGAGUUUUUCAGAUGCCAAGGAGAAAUUCAGGGCUUAUGUAGCUGGCAUCAAGCGUCCCUUCUCAGUCAGAUUUGAUCCAUAUACCAGCAGUGUUGAAGUACUGGACAACCCAGUGAAGAUCCAAGGAGGCCUGGAAGGUGUGAAGGAUGAGCUUAAAGUGCUGACAGACGCCCUAAGUGUGCUAUCGUGAUGAUGCGCUGUCUUUCACCAUCCGCCUGUUGUUUGCUUUUCUCUCAGCUGAGUCCACGCUGUUGAAGAUUGCCAAUGUGUUCAUAUUUCUGUGCCGUACCUGCUGUAUGAAUCUGAGUUUUGCUCGUUGUGGUUGGCUGGUUUUCCAGCAAGGUUGCAACCAUUAAAACCUCAAAACUCAGCGCUGACAAAGUAUCCAAAGAUCUUAAAUGCUUGCAUUUGUGAAAUGAUGGGGUUUUACUGACUGGACCAUUCAUGCUUUUAAAGUUUGUUGUUUGAGAAAUGUGUCAAAUCUAGAGUCAUAUCAAGGGGAACUCUGAUAAUGAAUGUAUUAAAAGAAGACUAUAUAACUAUGGUAUAGAUAUUUUGAAAUUAAAGAAUUAUAAUGGUGUAUAUUUGGAUCGUUUAUUUUAUUUAGAAAAAAAUCUGUAACUGCUCUGUCAAAAGCUUUAUUUUCCAAAUAUGUGAAUUUAGCAUUUGAGUAAUUAAAUCCAUGGCUUUCCUAUGCUGUUCUUGUCUUGCAUUGUGUAUUUUAUGCUGGUUUCGUCUUGCAGUGUAAAUGCAUAAUAAAAAGGGGGAGGGGAGAAUCUAUGUAAUAACCUAUUGAUUAGAAACUAUCAGAUAAUAAAG